CCCGCAGGUAGCCCCGCGGCCGCGGGCCGAUGGCGUGGCAUCGCUGACAGGCGCGGGCGGCUGCCGAGCCCCGCGGGCUGGCAUGGCGGGCCAGUUCCGCAGCUACGUGUGGGACCCUUUGCUGAUCCUGUCGCAGAUCGUGCUCAUGCAGACGGUCUACUAUGGCUCGCUGGGCCUGUGGCUGGCGCUGGUGGACGCGAUGGUGCGCAGCAGCCCUUCCCUGGACCAGAUGUUCAACGCCGAGAUCCUGGGCUUUUCCACCCCUCCUGGCCUGCUUUCCAUGAUGUCCUUCGUCCUCAACGCCCUCACCUGUGCCCUGGGCUUGCUGUACUUCAUCCGGCGAGGGAAGCAGUGUCUGGAUUUCACUGUCACUGUCCAUUUCUUUCACCUCCUGGGCUGCUGGCUCUACAGCUCCCGUUUCCCCUCGGCGCUGACCUGGUGGCUGGUCCAGGCGGUGUGUAUCGCACUCAUGGCGGUCACCGGGGAGUACCUGUGCAUGCGGACGGAGCUCAAGGAGAUCCCCCUCAGCUCGGCCCCUAAGUCUAAUGUCUAGAGUCUGGCCCUUCGGACACUCUGCUGGCACUUGGGCCCUCUGUCACCUUGGGCUGCUCAGACCUCCAGAUGGGGUCCAGCCCGAGUCUGAAAGGAACCCUGGAAGUGUGAAGUGUGUUGGUGGAGAGGUAGUG